AUGGUGUUUGUAGUAUUGUUGGUAGCUGUUGGUGGUGGUGUCGGUAUUGGUGGUCUUGGUGGUGGUAUCAGUGGUAUUGGUGGCAUUAGUGGUGGUAUUAGUGGUUUUUGUGGUAUUCUUGGUGCUCUUGGUGGUGGUAUUGGUAGUCUUCGUGGUAUAGUUGGUGGUUUUGGUGGCAGUGGUGGUCAUCUUGGUGGUGGUGGUGGUGGUGGUCUUGGUCUUGUUGAUACAAUAGCAGAACCAACAGUGAAGUUAAUCAAGAAGAAAUUGGAUGGAGCAAUAGCCAUAAGAAGAGCAAUUAGGCAAGGUCUACCUAAUUUUGAGGCUCUUCAUGACCAAUAUACGGUAACAAAUUCCAAUGCUUCUUCUGGGGGAAUUACUGGUGGAGUUGUUGAUAUUGGUGGCAGCCAUCUUGAUGCUGAUACCGAUGCCAGUCGUGAUGAUGAGCAUGAGUCUAGGACGUGUAUUAGUCCCAGUGUGGUUGAUCAUCCUCUCGGACCAGCUACUGAUCAUCGCCUUGGUAAGCUAUUGCCUCACCAACUAGCUAAUCAGACGCGAGCCCCUCCUCGGGUGGAUUCCUCCCUUUGCUCCUCAGCCUAUGGGGUAUUAGCAGCCAUUUCCAACUGUUGUUCUCCCCCAAGGACAGGUUCUUACGCGUUACUCAUCCGUCUGCCAUUGGAAACACCAUUUCCCGUCCGACUUGCAUGUGUUAAGCAUACCGCCAGCGUUUAUCCUGAGCUAAGAUCUAACUCUCCAUGA